AUGGAUUAUGGGAAGGAAAAUAAAGAGGCUGUGGGAAUUCAGCUGGGCAUGGAGCAGCUGGGCCAACAAGAUCCUGCUCUCUGCUCAAGACCUCUUCAGGUGAGCCCUGAGCCUGAGGGUGACCGCGAGGCCGAGCAGUGCCCCCAGCCCCAGGAAGGAGGAGGAUUGGAUGCUGACUCUUCCCAGGAGAUGGACAGGGUCACCAGGCACCUGGUCUUCCAGCUUCCACAGACCACGCACAGACACGACCACGCGCCCGCAGAUGGCGACGAUGACGUGUUUGGCUCCUCUCAGUAUGGCAGCCAGAAGGUAGAAAAUGGCUACGAGUGGAGAACGAGUCUGAAGUCGCCCUCAUAUUUCCUGGAUGGUGGAAAGGAUGUCUGGACCCCUUCCCCAGACAGGGAGUCCAGGCUGGAGGUGGUUCGGUCGGGAAGCCUGUAUGACCUGAGGGCUUACAGGGGUGAGAGGAAGCCAUCGAGGCUUUACGAGGAUGACGAGCAGGAACAGUACAGGAUCCUUCCACCAAACAUCUCACCUGAGAAAGCAAAGGAGCUGGAGGACAAGAGGAGGGAGGUGAUCCGGGGGCAGGUGGUGAGGAAGAGCUCCACCAUGGCCGAGAGGUGGAGCUCCAUGGAUGAGCUGAGCUCCAUAAACGUGGGCGCGGGUGGCCAGGGGGAAGGCAAGCACAAGGGCACCAGCACCUCCAGCUUCGCCAUUUACUUUGACAAGCCAUUCUCGGGGAGGGCAGCAACGCCUGUCGACCCUGAAAGCAUAGACAGGGAGCAGAUCAACUUCGCCGCCGCCCGGCAGCAGUUCCUGAUGCUGGAGAAGACCAACCCGGGCUCCCUGUUCAGCCCGGGGCAGCAGGCCAUGUCUCCGAAGCCAGAGGCGAUGACAAGAAUCUCUAGGCAAGAGUGGCAAAGUCCUGAGACCACCACAAAGGCUGAGAGAGGUUACGGCGACGCCGGUGUGCCCAGCCAGGGCAGGACAGACACAACCACUUACCAGGUGUACAACGUCUCCUACAGGACGCCCGUGAAGGCGGAGGUUUACGCUCAGGGAAGGGAUGAUGCUGGAAGGUUAUAUCCCCUGGGAAAAACAUCCAGCCUGACUAAAGCAUCGUCCAGAGACGACCUGGACUCUGGCUUGGGUGAAAUGUAUGCCGAGGGCAGUGCAGGCUACAUCAGCAAUGGAAGCGUGUCCAGUGAGGCCUUCAAUGGCCUUGUGGAUGUGAGGAACAGCAGCAGCAGCCCAGACAAGGAGCUGAAUGCCAGCAACGAGACACCCAUCGAGCGGGAAAUCCGCAGGGCACUGGAGAGGGAGGAGAACCUCUGGAAAGAGAGGGGCAUCCAGCGGCUGACCUCCAGCAGCGAGCUGGUGGAAAUCCAGACCAAGCCUCUGCUCUCCAUGCACGCGUCUCCUGUUCCGGGCAGGAAAGGGAAGGACAAAAGCCGUGCUUCCUUCUAUGUCCAGCGGGAAAUAGAGCAGGAAACCAAGCGUGAAGAGGAUCUGAAGAGGCAAGGGCGGCUGCUGGGGCUGUAUGACCGGGGGACGCAGCAGGAGCUGGACGAGCGCAAGAAGGUGUUUGAGCAGGAGGAAACCCCCCCGCCCAAGCCGGCCCCCGCGAGAAGGGCAGAGGAGCAGAGGAGCUGGAUCCACGAGGAGCAGUCCUCAAGCCACAGCUUCGGCCCCGCGGAGGACACGCGGGCUGGGAGAGCCCUUUCCACCCACACGGUGAACCUGACGCGCUCCCAGGCGGCCCAGCCCCGCUUCGUGCUGCCCGCUGGCGAGAGGGGCCGGGGGGAGCCCCUGGCGCACGAGCACGCUUCCGCCAGCGCCAGCAGAUGGGCACGUGAGGAAUCCCAGGGAGGAAGGCUUCCCGGCUCCACCCCGAGCCCGGCAGGAACGGGCGUCCUGCGCAAGGAGUACUUCUCCUUCCCCUUCUGGAAGCCCAGGUUCUCCUUCGUGGACGACAUGGGGACGCAAAGCCCGCUGAGGCGGGAGAAGGGGCCGGACGGGGAGGACGGCCGGGACGAGCAGUACACGCUGAGGACGUGGAAGCCCCAGACAUCGAUGCUGAUCGAGGAGGAGAUUCGGAGCGACCUGCAGCGGGAAGAGGAGCUGCAGGAGCAGCGCAGGCGGCGGCAGCUGAUCGAUGGCUCCUCCCUGGUCAGCAACGACGGCUUCUCCAAGGAGGGCUCCCGCUCGCGCCACAGCUCAGCCGCCUCAGGUGCCAGCGGCAGCUACUCCGUGUCCGGGUCCCCGGUGCCCAUCCCCGCUUCGCGCCAGGCGGGGGUCCUGGGCCUGGUGUCGUCCUUCACCCCGCUGCGAGUGGUGGCUCCCGCCCCGGACAGCACCGACGGCCUCAGCCCCGACUUGGCUCACUCCAGCCCCUUCGAGGAGAGGAGGAGGAGGAUGAAGGAAGAUGGCAAGUACGCAGGCAUCGAGCCCGUGGACAAAAUCAACACGGAGGUGGUGGAGAGCACGCGGGUGGGGCGGCACAAGAGCGCCAUGGCGCAGCGCUGGGAGGCCGGGCUCUACGUGCGGGACGAGGACUGAGCAGCGCAGGGCCCAAAGCGCCGCGAGCACCGCUCCGGGUGGCCGCGACAAGCAGAGACUCGUGCAUCGCAAAUUGCAUCCGUUUUUAAUAGAACAGAUGAUCCUUCCGAUAAAUUAAACGUGCUCGUUUGUUUCCCCCCCUUCCCUCUGAGGUGAAAUAAUAUUUCUUAUUUAAGGGGGUAAGAAUCAGAUCACUUUCUUUUAAUUUCUUCUGCGAGGAGACAGCUAGAUGAAGAGAAAUCAUACGGUAAUUUAACUUCUUUCUCAUUGCAAGCUGUGUCUCUUACCAAAAAAAAGUUUUAUUUCUGAGUGGUUUUAGGUUUUCAGGUGCUGCAGCCCCAGCUGGGAGGGAGCCCGGGCUGGUGCGUGCCGCUGGAUCAACACCGGGCUGGGAAAUCGAGGUUUCUGAUUAAGUCAGGCAAUCUGCUGAAGCGCAGUGAUAUCUAACAUGUAUUAAUGCUGUUUAUUUUGCUAAUUUAUUAAAGAGUCAUUACUCUCA